AGAUGGAAAGAGAUGUCCCCACUAAAUCCUUUCCAAGGAAGAGUUAAAUGUUGUAACUUCUCUAUAACCUUUAUCUUACAUUUCUGGUAUAAAUAUUGUGUCAAGAGUCACCAUCUCAACAUCGGAAGCUUUUGGAGGAACAAGUGAAUAUUAAAACCAACAUUCAUCCUAUAGGUUCAUUCAUAUGAAUGCACUGAAUGGAUAAAGAUUCUCAUAUGAAGUUGUUUCUAGAAAAGAGAAAAAGUAUUUUCAAACAAAAGUGAAGGGGGGUGUUAGACACAGGAUGCAGGCAUUAAUUAUUGCACUAUGCCUGAUUCAAGGAUUUGCCUACUCAAAACUAAUAAGAACAAAGAGAGCUACGAAUUCAGAAGCCUUAAUGAAUAUUAAUGAACUUAUCAUCCAUAAAGGCUACCUAAGCGAGGAGUACAGAGUGUUGACAGCAGAUGGCUAUAUCCUUAGCUUGAACAGAAUUCCAUCUGGCAGAAACUAUCAAAUGGAUUUUGGAAGUAAACCUGUAGUGUUUCUCCAGCAUGGUUUGCUAGGAGAUGGAAGCAACUGGGUUACCAACUUGCCCCACAACAGCUUGGGUUUCAUCCUCGCAGAUGCUGGAUAUGAUGUUUGGAUUGGAAAUAGCAGGGGGAAUACUUGGUCCAGAAGUCACCAAAAUCUGUCUGUGAAUGAAGAUGAAUUUUGGGCUUUUAGCUUUGAUGAAAUGGCAAAGUAUGAUCUUCCAGCUGUCAUCAAUUUCAUUCUAAAGAAAACUGGCCAACAACAGUUGUACUAUGUUGGCUACUCACAGGGUGCUACAAUAGGAUUUAUAGCAUUUUCAACCAUGCCAGAAUUGGCUCAGAAGAUCAAGGUGUUUUUUGCCUUAGGCCCUGUGACUAGACUUAAGUAUGCCAAAAGCCCUAUACUAAAACUUACUAAUCUUCCAGAGAGGUUUCUUUGGACUUUGUUUGGCAAAAGAGAAUUCCUUCCCCAGAAGUGGCUAGCUAGAAAGGCUCUUGCUACUUUCUGCAGCUGGCGUCCCUUCACUAGUGUUUGUGGAAACAUCUUUUUCCAUCUUGGUGGCGAUAGCAGGAGAAAUAUAGAUAUGAGCCGAAUAAACAUAUAUGCGGCCAGAACGCCAGCUGGAACAUCAGUACAAACUAUAUUGCACUGGAGCCAGAUUUUUCGUUGUGGAUUAUUCAAGGCUUUUGACUGGGGUGAUGAGAGGAAAAAUAAAAUAAAGCACAAACAGCCUACUCCUCCAUUAUAUAAUGUGAAUGAUAUGACAGUUCCAACUGUGGUAUGGACCGGAAGAAAAGAUUUACUUUCAGAUCCAAAAGAUAUUGCUCUUUUAUUGCCUCAAAUCAAAAACCUCGUUUUCCACAAAGCCAUUCCAGACUGGGCACACCUUGAUUUCAUCUGGGGUCUAGAUGCACCCCGACACAUGUAUAAUGAAAUAAUUGCUCUGAUGAAGAAGCAUGCAUAAUCUCUUCCAGAACAAAACAAAACAAAAUGGAUAACUUGAGCAUAAUGAUCUUCAUUUGUCACCUAUCGCAUCAUCUUUUAAUUUAAUGUGUUAUUUGUAUUUUUGGCUGCAGUGACAGAUCUCUGUAAUACACAUUGGAUAAUGUUAAUUUUUUAAAUAUAUAUUUUCCAUUUCAAACAUUGAAAUUGCAAUCAAAAUUGCUCCCCAUUCAUACAGUACAACUUAAAUCAGAAUAAUUUCCUCUCUUUGAAUUCAGUUGAGUUGAAGACAAAUACAUUUUUGGAACAGUAUUAUCAG